AUGUCAGAGCAAGAAGGCACCAGGCCCUCCCAGGAUGAAAAGAAAGUAAUUCACCAACAAGGCCAUGGUGGAAAUGGGACGGAUCUCAGGAUGAACGUCCCCUGCCACAUCAUCAUCCAAAGAAUUCACUGGCAUGUGAACUUGCCAGAAGAUGCUGAGAUGGAUUCUCAUCUCCACCUGCCCAUGUACUUCCUGCUCAGCCAGCUGGCUCUCAUGGACCUGACAUUAAUCUCUAGCACUGUACCCAAGAUGGCAACUGACUUCUUCUCAGGGAGAAGAAACAUCUUACGGGUGGCCUGUGGGACUCAAAUCUUCUUCUUUCUGACUCUAGGAAUUACCGAGUGUAUCCUCAUCAUUCUCAUGUCCUAUGACAAGUAUGUAGCCAUAUGCAACCCUCUGAGAUAUGCCCUCAUCAUAAGCCAGAGGGUCUAUCUGAAGAUGGCUGCCAUCUCCUGCGCUGGGGGUACCCUUACAUCACUUGCACACACAGCCUAUGCCAUGCAUUUCUACAUUUGUGGUUCCAGAAAGAUAUCCCAUCCUCUCUGUGAGGUCAUGGCCAUCCUAAAAUUGGCCCGUGAGGACAUCACUGCCCAUGAAAAGGUGAUGGUGAUGACAAGCAUUGUGGUGCUCUUCAUUCCCUUGUCCUUCAUCCUGAGCCCUUAUGCCCUCAUCUUCCUUACUGUCCUCCACAUAAACUCCCCCAAGGACAGGAACAAAGCCCUGGCUACCUGUUCCUCCCACCUGAUUGUGCUGAGCCUCUCCUUUGGUCCAGCCAUGCUAGUCUAUAUGAGGCCUAGUUCUUACCAGAUUCUCUUUAUGCCUGGUGCCACUCUCACCCCCAUGAGGAACCCCCUCUUCCACAGUCUAAGGAGCAAGGAGGUGGUGGUUGCUCUCAAAAAGGUGUUGGGAUGCUGCCUAUCCUCAAAUUAG